AUGCAGCAGCUGAAGCAGCCACCCAGCGGCAUAGAAGGAUCAGGAGUGAGGGUUUUACCCGUUAAUAUCCUCGCCUCGAGUAAACUUCUGCCAGUUAUAUAUCAAAACCUCUGCAUUAAUGGUGCCAACCCUGGAAGUUAUCGUUGUGAAUGUAAAAAAGGAUUUGAGCUGGAUCUUCGCGGCGAAUGCAUCGAUGUCGAUGAGUGUGAAAGAAACCCCUGUAUCGGUGGAGACUGUGCUAACACACAAGGGUCUUACAUUUGUCAGUGUCGUCCUGGCUACCAGAGUACGCUGAUGAGAACAGAAUGCCGAGAUAUUGACGAAUGCUUGCAGAAUGGCCGGAUAUGCAACAAUGGCCGAUGCGUGAACACAGAUGGCAGUUUCCACUGCGUUUGCAAUGCUGGCUUCCAUGUCGCGACGGAAACUGUAGCCGAGUCAGGCUCCCCUGCUCCUUUAUUCAUGCCUUCCCACCCGCUUGUACCUUUGUGGGAACGAGUGUGUUUGUUCCUCAACCAGAUCCCCAUGUGGUAA